GCGGCGAGCGGAAGAGCAGGCGCUUCAUGGUGGCGACGGAAGCGGAGAGCGACAGCGUCCCGAUUGAAGUGGUGCCAUGCAGCAAGAAGCAGAGAGAUGCAGAGUUCGAACCAAAAGGCCUGACAUGGCACUUUAUGUACCUAAAGCUCGAAGGGGUACAGCACUCCCCAAGGCAGGUGACAAGGAAGAAAGCUGCAGGCCUCCUGCCUUUGUGCUGAAAGAACAAAAGGAAGGUUGUCUUCCCCAGAAGAUCUCUGGAAAUAAGCAGGAGUCUCACAGACUUAGUGGCCGUUCUGAUAGGAAGGGGUGUGACUAUAGGGAAGGAAAGAGAACAUCAAAAUUAAGGGAAGAUGGGUGCCUCCAAAAACAGAGUAAAGACAAGGUUUAUAUUAAGAGAGGAAUUGAAGAGUCCAAAGAAGCCUCAUCUCAAGAACAUCAACCCAGAGCCCCCAGUGCUGGGAUUAUAUCUAAUGGACCUCUGCAAAGACUUUUUAAACCAAAGGAAGUGGAGUGUUUGGAAGUUCCACCUGCAGGAGUGAUGGGACACCAGGAGGUGCUUCCAUCGAAGUCUCACUCAGAAGCCGGUGAUGCUCAGGUUCUAAAUAGAGCAUUCCAGAAUGUGGGGCUCUGUGAUUUCAGUGGAGAAACCUUUGUAAAUAGAAAGUUGGACAGCAGAAUUGAAACUGAGGCCAAUGCUAUAGAGCUAGUCUCCCAGUUUCCUCAAGUUGUUACCACUCGGUUAAAACCAGAGGGUAUGGCUGUGCCAGUAACUCUAAGUUCUGAUUCUGAAACUGCUCCAUGCAGUAUGGAAACAUCAGAUGGAGUGUCAAAGCACACUCCUGGGAGCAUCUCUGCAGUUUCUGUUCCCGGAGGUCCAGAUGACGAUGUUGAUCCUACUUUUACAGACUUUGAAGCUGAGAGUGAGAAUACAGUCAACACUCCAGAGUCUGUCUUGGGUCAGAAAGGUGUAGAUUCCAUUUCUGAGACUAUGGGUAUCAUUUCUCUUAAAAUGGCUAUAGUCAGCAAAUUAGAGAGCACAAAUGGCAUUAUUGAUCCAACAGUGACUGGAGAGUGUGAGAGUGACAGCUCUGCAGAUGAGUUAUGUGUAAAGUAUGAGCCUUCUGAUACAGCUGUCUUUGCUCAUGAAACAGACACAGAUAAUGGAUUUAAAAGUGUUUGUGACACUGGCAGCAAGGCAUGUAUGCAGGACAUUGCAGGUGCAGUUUGUGCCCAUGUAACUGAAGGCAGCUCUUGUAUAGUUGCAGUUAGAGAAUCUGAUGAGAGUAGUAGCAAUACAAGUCAUUCUUCAGAUUCUAUAGAAAUGAGUGCAGAUGUAGCCCAUCUUGAUGCAGCUAAAAGUGAGGACGACUCUGAAAAUGGUAGCAGCCUAACUGCCUGCUCAGAUAUUUAUGCUGAGAGCAUUGCAUCUAGUUUUACAGAGUCAACAGGAAAGUUGGUAGAGCGUGUGUCAGGUUGUGCUUCCUCUUUACCCAUAAAGAAGAUUGCUGAUAGUAAUUGUACCACUUGUUUGGACUCUGAACUGAGUGUGUCAAAUGGGACUAACCUCCUUUUGGAGAGUGCCUUGGGCAGUGAUCUGAAUAGUACGGAGGAGAUAACAGAGGCAGUGCACGAGCUAAGAAGUGCUGAAGAGUUUGAAACAAAAGAGGAAGAUGACUCAGAGAACACAGUGUGUGCUCUAUCAUUUUCUGAUAGAGAUUCAUCUGUGGAAACAUCUGUAGAGCUAAAAACAACAGACACUUCUCACAUACAAGGAAGUAUUGCUGCGGAGGAAAGCUGGGAAUCUAUGUUUAAUGACGACGGUGACUGUGUAGACCCACGUCUUCUACAAGAGUUGUCAGGGAAUAUGAAGAACAGAAAAAGCAUCCAGGAGCCUAGAUUUGAUUAUUACAGCCACGAACUUCCUGAUAUCGACCUCAGUGAAUGUGAAUUCCCUCAUGUCAUUGAAAUUUAUGACUUUCCUCAAGAAUUUCGUACAGAAGACCUUUUACGGAUUUUCUGUAGUUACCAAAAGAAAGGAUUUGAUAUUAAAUGGGUAGAUGAUACACAUGCCCUAGGAAUAUUCUCCAGUCCAAUCACAGCUCGUGAUGCUCUGGGGAUUAAGCAUACCAUGGUGAAGAUUCGGCCUUUGUCACAGGCCACAAGAGCAGCCAAGGCCAAAGCUAGAGCUUAUGCUGAGUUUCUCCAGCCAGCAAAGGAUCGACCUGAGACUUCAGCAGCCCUAGCCAGAAGGUUAGUCAUCAGCGCCCUUGGGGUUCGGAGCAAACAGAGCAAAACAGAGCGGGAAGCAGAGCUCAGGAAACUGCAAGAAGCCCGAGAGAGAAAACGGUUGGAAGCCAAGCAACGGGAAGACAUCUGGGAAGGCAGAGGCCAAUUUGCAGUUUGAACAUCACUUACUGAAUUAGGAAAUGUGCUCAUAUUCUUGAGACAAGAAGAUCCUUCCAGAGCUGUGUCCAUGCAGAUGAGCAUGUUAAAGAAACGUGAACAAAAGACUGGAGGGCAUAGCAAGAACAAGGAGUCCUGUCCUCACCCUAAAGUCAAACUGUCCUCCUGUGGCAGAUGCUAAAAGGAACCAUCAAGUGAGAAGAAAAAUGGAGCACUUGACUUCUGAGAGGCCUCUGGGCAGAAGAGGUCGUGUUAGUGUGGGUCACACUUCCAGGAAGUCUAAAGCAAGUACAAAGCAGAACGGGAUCCAAGCCUGCAGUGGUAGGAGUCAGAGGCCCACGUGGCAGGGUAUUCCUUAGUACUUGAUGAGGUUGAGAACAGCAGAGGGGGUGGCGGGAAGCUAUGCUGGGCAGAUAAUCUACACUGCUGGCUCUGGACUCUAAAGCCAGUGAAGCGCAGCACAUGUGGGCAUUUGGACUUCUGAGCUGUACUAGGCUUGGUACCUGAUACUGCUCCAGCUGCAUGGCGGCCAGUGGUCUCUCCCUCCUUCCUCACAGUAAGCUGAUCCUAGGGAGCUGAGCGCCAGCUCCAAUUUAAGCAGUAAUAUGUUGUGAGAAGGUGAGAUUAAAGACUAUUUUACAAUAUUAAU